AUGCAAACACACGACGAUUCUUCGACCGACGUCGAAAAGACGGCCGCUGAUGUGGCGCCUGUCGUUCCUGGUACUCAGUCCCAGUCUGAGAAAUCACCAACAAUUGACAGUGCUUUUCUUGUCCAGUUUGAGCCCAACGACCCUGAAAACCCGCUCAACUGGUCCAAAAAAUGGAAAUGGGGCGUCACUGCAGCCGUUGCAGGCACUGGAUUUACACGAAUCAUGGUCUCAACUAUGAUGGCGCCUGCCAUUGAUACCAUUGCGCUGGAACUCUCCAUGACCGCCACCGAGUCCACCAUGGCCCUGUCCGUCUACCUGCUUGCCACCGCCUUUGGUCCUCUCAUCAUCGGCCCUCUUUCCGAAGUCUAUGGUCGCAGCGUCAUUUUCCAUGUAACUAGUCUCUGGUUUCUGGUAUGGAAUUUGGUAUGCGGCUUUGCAAACUCCAAGGGUAUCCUCAUUGCUGCCCGUCUGCUUGCUGGAUUUGGCGCCAGCGCCGUCUACAGCAUGGCGUAUGGCGUCCUGGGCGAUGUCUGGUCUAAGGAACAACGAGGCCGUUCACUUAGCAUGUACCUUCUUAUUCCCUUGACAGGAUCUGCCGUUGGCCCCAUUGUGGCCGCCUUCAUUGUGCAGUAUACGACGUGGAGAUGGAUGUUCUGGGCCACCGCCAUCCUUCAAGUCAUUCUCGAGCUGGCGUCCAUGCUUCUCUUCCAAGAAUCGUAUGCACCUGUUCUUCUGCGCCGCCGCGCUGCAAAGCUCCGUAAAGAAACCGGCGACAACCGAUACCAUGCCGAAAUCGAGACGCGCGAGGACGGCCGCUCUGCGAUGUGGAAAAUCCACCGAGCGCUCUCUCGCCCUCUCCGUCUUCUUGCUUUCCACCCCAUCAUCCAGCUGCAGGCCAUCCUUGAGGGUAUCAACUACGGUCUGCUCUACUUUGCGCUGGCCAGUUUCUCGUCACUUUACGUUUCUGCGUAUGGAGAAUCCAUUGCCACUUCUGGACUCCACUACAUUGCCAUUUGCAUUGGUACCAUCUCAGGAUCCCAGAUCUGCGGGCCGCUGAUGGACUAUGCGUACAAGAGACUGACUUCACGCACUGGCGAGUCCGAUGUCCCUGAGCUGCGAGUGCCGCUGCUCAUUCCUGGUGCUCUCAUCACGCCCAUUGGCAUGCUUCUGUAUGGUUGGGCGGCCAGAUAUCACCUCUCGUGGGUUGCUGUAGAUGUCGGUGCUGCUCUUUUAUCUCUCGGCAUGCAGAUCUUCGACACCACACUCAGCGCAUACGUUAUGGAUGCCUAUCCAGAACACAUCAGCUCCGCGGCGGCAGCGACCCAAGUGCUGCGCAGUCUGAUGGCCUUUGCCUUCCCCUUGUUCUCGUCAAAUCUCUAUGACAGACUCGGAUACGGUUGGGGCAACAGUCUGCUGGCCUUUUUGUCUAUUGGCAUUGCCCUUCCCGCCACUGGCAUUCUUUGGCACUGGGGAGCGUCACUCCGCGGUAGACGAGAGUCUUCGUAUUAG